AUGGCCGAGAUCACAAUCUACACAGCUGCCGGCUCCCUCCUCGGUAACGAAGUCCGCUCCAUGUUCGACAGCACAUUCGCAACGCUCUACCGCCACCUCGAUGAUGGUUUCCAGCCCAUAAACUUCGUCAUGCCAGGUCUUCCCUUACCACAGAACUUCCGACGCGAUCAUGCGCGAAAGGUCAUGGAAGAGCUUUUCAGCGAUAUCAUUCGCAAGCGUCGUGAGAUGGGCAAUCAAGGUGAUGAGACUGAUAUGGUUUGGACGCUUAUGAAUGCUAAAUACAAGGAUGGUGAGGAUCUGCCGGAUCAUCAUGCCGCGAGGAUGUUGAUUGCUAUUCUUAUGGGUGGACAGCAUAACACUGCUGCGAGUGGUGCUUGGCUACUUCUCAACCUUGCGCAUAAACCGCAUCUGGUCAAGGAAUUGUAUGACGAACAAGUUGAGGUUUUGGGAUCACCGCAGGAGCCCUUGACGUGGGAGAAUUUACAGAAAUUGACCCUCAAUGGACAGGUCAUCAAGGAAACUCUACGUCUUCACAGUCCAAUUCAUUCUAUUCUCCGACAGGUCAAAUCACCUAUGCGAGUUCCCGGCACAGACUGGGUAGUUCCUCCAUCGCACACUCUCCUUGCUUCACCCGGUACACAAGCACGAUCUGAAGAGUUCUUCCCUCGACCUAUGGAAUGGGAUCCUCAUCGCUGGGAUAAGAUCGAGUCUCUUGAUGACGCCAAGAAUGGAGAGACAGUUGACUACGGCUUUGGUAUGAUGAGCAAGUCUGUUAGCAGUCCGUAUCUGCCUUUUGGUGCAGGGCGACAUCGUUGUGUUGGGGAGAACUACGCAUAUGCACAGCUUGGUGCGAUUAUUGCAUCGUUUGUGAGAUUGCUUCAUAUUGAGCAGCCUGAUCCUAAGGCACCUCUUCCUGCGCCAGAUUAUUCUUCAAUGUUUUCUCGGCCUAUGAACCCAGCCGUCAUCCGAUGGACUCGCCGUAACGCGGAGACUGGUUAG